CACAGCCCUUUCCCUUCGCUCCAGCUAGGAGAAACUGGAGCCCCGGAGACCGCAACCUCGUUAAAGUUCUGCUGCCAAAGAAGAGAGCGUGGGCUGCAGUGGACACGUGGUUAGCUAACCUAAGGUGGCGCUCUGGCGCUCGGACACAGUGGACCCAGCGUGUAGGGGUGGGGAGGGCAGAGGCGGGAAGCCUCAACUUAUGGCAAACUGCAGCCAGUUUCUGCGCUGCCGGGUCAUCGCCCUGCCCCUGAAAUUGACACAGCUCCUCCUCCUCCUGCUGCAGCUGCCGCCCUGCGUUUUGCGAGAAGUGACAUGCCCUACUCCCAGAUCUGUUGAACAUGCAGAUAUUCAGGUCAAGAGUCACAGCGUGAAAUCCAGGGAACGGUAUGUUUGUAAUUCAGGCUUCAAACGUCAAGCUGGGACAUCCAACCUCAUUCAGUGUAUGCUUGACCAGAACUCAAACACUGCCCGCUGGACAGAGACCAAUCUGAAAUGCAUCAGAGAUCCUGCCCUAGUUCACCAAAAACCAACAAACGAACUUCUCACCCCUGAUGGAAAAGGCUUCACUGUAGAACCAGAAGCUUCCAAGUCAGACACCACAGUGGCAACAGAGACAGUCAUGGUGUCAACCUCUAUCUCCCUCUCAUCAUCCAUACACACAGCACCUCCAGCAUUAGCAGGUACGGUCUCCAAGCCAGUCUCCAAGGAGAUAUCAUCAGAACCACCUUCUGCAACAGUCAUAAUAACAACCCGAAACUGGUCCUUCACAAUCCUGGCUCAAACAACAACACAGACCGUGGAGCAAUCCUCCCCCAGUACCCAUGGGAUAAUAACAGCUGCACAACGUGGUGCUAUUGUAUCCGCUUCUGUGGUUGUUUCCAUAAGUAUCCUGGGAGUUAUUUUGAUAUAUAUAUACCACAUCAGAAGAAGGAAUCCAAUCCCAGAACACUCUGUUGAGAUGGAAGAGAUGCCAAUGAGAGGGGAAACUGACAACAAAGAAGAAGGUGUAGAGAGCUAACUACAGAACCUGUGUAUCAAAAAUGGAAAGACAAAUUCCUUUUAUCCAUCGCUCUUAUGUAACAAGGUCUAGGCAAA